AUGUUNCAGUUAUAUGCCAUGAAAGUACUUCAUAAAAAUAGAAUAAUGAGUAAAAUUUUAAUAUUAUGUUAGAACAUAACUUGACGAGAUAUGCUCUAACCGAAAGAAAUGUGUUAUCGAUUACUUCCCAUCCAUUUAUUGUGAAACUUAGGUUUGCAUUCUAAACAUAAGACAAGUUAUUCAUGAUUUUAGAUUAUUGCCCUGGAGGGGAUUUGGGAGAAGUCUUAUAAAAAUAAAAGAGACUUCCAGAAAACAUAGUUAAAAACUAUUUGUGUGAGAUUGUUCUAGCCUUAGAGGAUCUACAUAAAAGAGAUAUUAUUUUUAGGGAUUUAAAACCAGAUAAUAUUGUAUUAGAUAGUGAAGGACACGCUUUGUUAACUGAUUUUGGAUUAUCUAAAGAAGGUAUUUUAGAACCAAACACUGGAGCAAGAUCAUUUUGUGGAUCUGUUGCUUAUCUUGCACCAGAGAUGUUGAAAAGAUCUGGACAUGGAAAGGCAGUUGAUUGGUAUUUAUUAGGUGUUGUAAUGUAUGAACUUUUGGUCGGGUUGCCUCCUUAUUAUGCUAAUAAUAGAGAAGAGUUAUUCUAUAACAUUGAAAACGCUUAACUAAAAAUACCCUCUUACAUUUCGCUCGAAGCUAGAAAUCUUUUAAAAGCAGUAACUAUUAGACAUUUAUUUUAGUUAUUACAAAGAAAUCCUGCUAAACGCUUAGGCUCUGGAAAAGGAGACUCAGAAGAAAUUAAAGCUCAUCAAUACUUUUAGGAUGUCGAUUGGGAAACUGUUUUUAAUAGAGAGCUUCCCUUGCCUAAACCUAAUAGAAAAAUUCGAAUAAAUACUCACAUUGAUGGAAAUGUAUUUGAUAUGCAAAGUAUUGUCGAUGAAUCCAAAGCUCAUUUGGGAGGCUGGACCUUUAUUAAUAAUGAUGAAUUAUGA